AUCUCUGCGAUGCAUCUCUAGACCAUAACCUAGGUAAUCUCUAUGAUGAAUUUUCGCUACGCGACUUACACAUGUCCUAAAUAUAGGUGUGUCGACAAGCCUACUGCAUGCUACAGACCGCGCCCCGCGGGCCUAAUCCACUUGUGCACGGCCUAUUGGUCUAUCACCAGAAUUUAUCCCAAUGUUCUCUCAACAACUUAUCUCGAAGGUUAGAUUAGUCCUGGAGCCCGUAAAAGGAUGGGAUGACGGCUCAUAGGGCGCUAUGAAGGGGCAGCCACCUCAUGAUGCGCUCUUCUUUCACUGCCGCGGCAUUGUCCUUGUCGGCUCUGACACAGGCUGAUGCCACUACUAUCUGGGCAACCAAGACAGUAUCCGUUUGUCCUACUCAAGAUGUAGUCUCCCAGAACGCUGGCAUUGGCCAAACUGGAAUCGUUGAUACCACCCGCAAAAUCACCGAAACAGUAUACGCCCAUCCUUCUACUGUCACCGUCACCGUCACUGAGGACAAGUUUACCGCAACCAAGACAAUCUUGGUUGAAUCUCAUGUUCCUAGCAGCACCGAGUACACCGGAGCCGUCUCGAACGCCCCUGCUCAGAACAUUGGUGCGGCUUCGACAAUUGUUCAGUCCAGCAGCGUCAAGUCUGUUCCUUAUUCGUUCCACAAUACCACAGUUGUACCCGGUGUUUACCAAAACGCCACAGGCCCUGUGAGAUUCUCAACCUCUACCCUCGCAUCCAUCCGCACACUCAAUGCCACCUCCUCCGAACUUCCUGCGGUCACACCUAUCGUUACUUACAAAGCUACUGGAUCUCCAGUAUUCAGCCAGAAUGCGACCGUCUCUGGAUAUUCGACUUCCGCUGUUCUGUCUUGCCCUGCCGGCAAGGGAAACUCUACAAUUCACAUGACUAGCACUAAUAACGGAGCCGCUCUUGCUGUCGUGUACAUCACACCCCUUGCAGCUACGGUCUAUACGACCACUACCGUGACUUCCACAUCGACCAUUCCCACCAAAGCAGGUUUCUUGCCAAUCGUCGACACGACCGCCACAGUCUACCCUGGAGCGAAUGCCAGCGAUUACCCUGCUUUGACCCCCGAUAGCGGUCUUACCAAGCGCGCCAUCGAGGAGCCUGCCUCUCCUUGCACCAGUGCGGUGACCAUUUUUGCCGUUCAGAGCGGUGCAGCCACCAGCACCUUGUCGCAGCAAGCUGUAACGAGCACAUCUACCUCCGUAGUUACGGUCCCUUACUACGCAGCCUGCGGUGCCUCGAACCUUAUCAACAAGGACCCUGUAACCGGUAUGCAAAUCGAUGAUGUGGCGCCGCUUGCAAACAAGUACAGCAACAACAAUACCUACCUGUACAACUGGACCAAUGCCUACGACUGCUGUGCCAAAUGCCAGGAAGAGGAAACUUGCGCCUACAGCGCUUUCAGCCCAGAUCUCCACGAUGAAAGCGGUGCAAAGAGCAACACAUGUAUCUUGACUUACUGGGACACCUGCAACGUGGCGAACAACCAAGAACAGUGGUACGCUAGAGGUAUUAACCAGUACGAGUACACUGUCAGUAACGGUAACUGUGGUUUCAUGAGCCGUCAUCGCAGUCCUAGAUGUCGUUAUGUCUAUCGCGACAAUCAGGUCCAGUGCGAUAUCAACUGCGAUGGCUCGUAUAGUCAGCAUUUGACUUAUGCUGAGUGGGAGGCUGCACCCGCUCUGGGUGAAUGCCCUCUGGUGCCUGCCUAAGAAUUGGGACUGUUUGUUAUGAAAAUAUCUCCAUAGCAAUCAUGGUCUGCUAUAUGAAACGAAUAAAAGCACAAUUGAUUCCACAACCUUUCUGUAAGGGGAAGUACAACUGAGAGAGAUGGAGCGUGGCAGGUCGCCGACAUUGGCUUUACUGCGAGCACAUUUGUCUGUGCGCUAUCGCUUUAAGUUUGGCGCUUCAUUCUUGAAAGUAUUGAUACGAAGA